UUUUGUGUAUCGUAGGUUACUAUAAAAAUGCAUUCCGGGACUUUGGAAAGAAUCGGGUCGCCGAUAAAAAGGACGCUUUCUCGGGGAGUGAGUGAGGACGAGUCACUUCGCAACAUUAUCAAAGAGGUGAGCGUCGAGCAAUCACGUCGCGAUUGUAUAUUGCGACAUUUACAAGAGUCAUGCAGUCUAUUAUCUGUAGGCUAUUAUCUACUUUUAUAGAGUCUAAUUUGACAUUACUAGGCUACAGUCGACAAGAUUCAUCCUCGAGCGUUACAACGGAGAGUUCGGCCAGGCGUCUGACACGCAGAGGGGGGACCCUCGAGAGGAGAAGUGGGAGUCAGCAGUCUGAGGAUCAAGAACUAAUGAUGGAACUCCCUGAGAUGCUUGAUCUGCAGGCGAGCUACGACGAGAUGUUGCAAGAGCUCCGUGGGCUGGAGCUGCAGCGGGAGACUGUGUUGUUCCAGGUGGACAUUCUGCACGACGCCCUGGAGGGGGCCGAAGAGAUGCUGGCCGAGGCUCAGAGAGAGGCCAGCCAUGCCACCAUGGAGUUGGAGCAAGCGAGAGAAGCCAACAGGAAGUUGGAGGACAUGGUCAGCUCUCUGAUGCAGGAGGUGGAGAGGCUAAAAGAGGAGAGGAAGACCAUUCCAGCAGUACCAGUGUACACACUUGUCAAGGAGCAGGAGAAGGAGGCGGAGAUGGCUAGACAACAAGCACAAGAUAUGAAAAUAAAAAAAGAAGCACAGGAACAAGUCAGUGAUGCACCAAGGGAUGAGGACAAUUCUACAAAAGAUGCGCCUCUCUCUAUUAUCCGAUUGGACAGUGAGAGUCCCGGGCCCAACAACGGACUACCAUUGGAGACCAGCGCUGGAGGACUGAUCGCCGCCUCCUUCAAGGGGAGGGGGGAGCAGCCCUCUGACAGUCCAACCUGGCCCCCUCCUCUCCACGUCGCCCGGCUGUGGUCCUCUGUGGACUCUGAGGACAUAGAAGAAGGGGCAGACGACAGCUUCACCAAGUUCACUAAGAUGGUCAACAAGACCUUGGGACCAUUGAUGCUGGGUAGCCAGACCCCAGGGAACAGUCAGGAGGAGAACAGGUGUGACAUCUUUCCAGAUAGGAACAACGACACAGACAGCAUCAGCGCCUACGAGGAUGCCUGCGCUGACACGCCCGAGCUGGAUGAGGAAGACGGGCCAAGGCUGCCCCAUGAUGAAGGAUCCCCGGUGGAUGAUGAUGAGGGAGAGCCGUCGAAUGGCAACGAUCCCAAGAACCCCAUAAACCCCAAUGAUUCUUGCAUUCUGUCGUAAGAGCUGCAGAACUGUUAUGGUACGAAAGGUCAAAUGUGCUCUCACUCUGUCUGCCCUCUUGAUAAUAUAAUAUAUGCCAUUUAGCUUUUAUCCAAAGCAACUUAGUCAUGCGUGCAUACCGUUUUUUACUUCUUGAAAAAGGGUUAAAAGAAAUCUGUUCUUGGAUCAGUGCGCUCAUACAAUCCAUCGACACCAAUUGUUUUUUUAUAUAUAUAUAUAUUUUUUAAAUGUACCUUUAUUUAUACAGGGUUUCUCAUUGAGAUAACAUCUCUUUUCCAAGAGAGACCUGGUCCAAUAGCAGCAGGGGGAACAACAUUUCAGACAAAACAACUUACAUACUAACAUAAUAUUAAACAAAACUAUAAACACACAUGUAGUACAACAAAAACAUUUUACAUUAAAAACACGAAGGUCUUGACUAAAAACAGCUGCCCUAAAGACAAUUACAUUCUUCUAUGAUAUAUACAUCGAUCAAGUGUUUAUAAAAGGGUAAUGUCAACAUUGGUAGUUGUCUUAGUGCAAUCCGGCACGGUGGAAUUCCAGUAAUGUCUACAGACGUCUCUUUAGUCAAUCUUUCUCCCUUGGCAUGACUUGCAAGGUUGCACUUACGUGUUUAGUUUUCCUGCCGUUCGGCACAAAGGGCAGAUUACCUCCCUCUGUUUAUUAGUGACUGAUGACCACUUAAGACUGUUUGCGUACACUGAACUAUCAGAUAUGUUUCAGGACACACCACAGACCUCUAGCAUUCUAAACAGUCAAAUUAUGUGAUUUAUAGAUCACAUACUGAUAGCGCUGAGCGAUUAACAAAAAUGUUUAAGGUUCAAUUAUUUGAAUGCCAUUUCAUUCAGUUUUUUUUCUAUCAGCUCAAUGUGCAGUUUCUCUAGAGAUAAAUCCGAUCAAGCCGAACUGUGCGAUCUAGUAGGGAGUUGUAGUUUCCAACAGGCCAAUAUUCUACUUAGUUUUGCGCAGAAAUGUGGUAAUUAACUACAAUGACCAUAAUCCAUUGUGCGCAUACUUGGCCAGUCUGUGUGGGGCAGACACAGAUGGAGAGAAGAGACAGAAGAACGUGUGAUUGAGAGUGAUAGAGCAGUUGCUUCGUGAGGUAUCUCUAUCUGAAAAUACUUGAUCUAAGCGAUUGAUAGUUUGUAUUCAGCAGUCAUAAAAGUAUGCCUUAUUUACUUUGAAGAACUACUAAAAUAGUGAUUUUGUCAGACGCCAUAUACAGCAGCUCUAUAGAGAUGAGAUGAUGGAAUGAAAUAAUAAAGUAAUCAAAUAAAACAAAUGUAAUAUACACAACUGAAAUAUUUUUUUCAAGUAAAGUGAUUAAA